AUGAAAAUAUUAGGAAUCUUGAGGUUUUUAAUAUUUUACACAUUUUUUACAUUCCUCGAAAAAAUCAACAUUUUCAUUGAUUCCAAGAUAAUUUUCAACAAUAAUAAUAGUAGAAUAAACCUUUACAAUUUUAUAAAUAGUUCAAAUAAUAAAUUAAAAAAAUCAGUGUAUUUAACAGAAGAUGAUUGGUCUGACUAUAAGUUGGUAGACCUAUGUGUAAUAAAAGUAAGCGGUGGUGACGGCGGAGAUGGCUGUAUGUCCUUUAGGAGGGAAAAGCAUGUGCCACUGGGAGGCGCAAAUGGUGGAAACGGAGGUCCAGGAGGAGACGUUUAUAUCCAAUGUGAUGAAUCAGUAAGUGAUCUAAGAUGGUUUGACACAAACAAACUGUACAAAGCAGAGGAUGGUGUUAAUGGUAAAGGUUCAAAUAAAAAUGGAGUUAGUCCCAAUUUCAUAUACAUACCUAAUGGAAAGGGUAAGGAUAUGUAUUUAUAUGUACCAAAAGGUACAGUAAUAACAUCAGAAGAAAAUGUACAAGCAACUCUUCAAAAUGAUGGAGAUAAAGUAAGAAUAGCACGUGGCGGUCGAGGUGGUAAGGGCAAUAGACAUUUCAUUACUAAAUUUAAUGUUGAUCCAAGAAUAUGUGAACGAGGUGAAGAAGGUAUUAAAAGAAUUGUCAAGUUAAUAUAUAAAAGGUAUUCUGAUAUUGCGUUAAUAGGGAAACCUAAUUCAGGGAAAAGUUCUAUAAUAAAAAGAUUAACAAAUGCAAAACCUAGAAUAGCAAAUUUCCCAUUCAGUACCAAAUUUCCCAUACAUGGAGUAUUAAUCAAUAAUCAAGAAAUUACUGAUGAUGUUGACAGUAGUAAUAAUACUAGUAAUUCUGAUGUUAUUGAGACUGAACAUGAAGAUGGAGACUUAGGAUAUGAGUAUGAAGAGGAAUUUGAUAGUUGUGGUUAUGAUUCAGAUGAAGAUAUUGAUGAACAAGAUGAAGAUAUUGAUGAAAUGGAUCAAAUGGAUGAUAGUGUAGAAGUUGGAAAUAGUGAAAUGAGGAAAAGAAUAAGUUUAGUUGAUGUCCCAGGAUUAAUUGACGGAUCAAGUCAAGGAAAAGGACUUGGUCAUGAUUUCCUCAGACAAAUCGAAAAUUCUAACAUUUUAUCAUACAUUAUCGAUUCCUCUAAUCAGGAUCCACUGGAGGAUUAUAAAUCAGUCAGAAGAGAACUUGAAAUAUAUAACCCUGAAAUACUGAACAAAAUGGAGAUAAUCCUGCUUAAUAAAAUCGAUUUAAUCGAUAAUCAAACCAUUUUCAAUCUCAUAAACUCCUUCCUAAAACAUGUCAAUCAUGAUCAAAUUUAUUUCAUAUCAGCGAAAACUGGAGAAAAUAUGGAUUUCAUCUCAUCAUUAUUUCAAAAACUAUUCUCUCAAAAUGCUCUUGACACGGUUGGUUACACCGGUGACGUGAGUGCUAGUGAUGUUGGUAGAUUUGAGGAUUUGGAUGAUUUCAGAAAAUUGAACCCGAGGAAGUUCCGGAUAGAGCUCGAAGAUGAUGGUACAUUUAGAGUGGUAUCGCCGUAUUUGGAGAGAAAAGUAAAGAUGAUGAGAUUUGACUUGCCAGAAACUAUGGACAAACUCAAAAGUAUAUUAAAGGCAAAUAAGGUGAAUAAAAAGCUAAUAAAGCUCGGAUUAAGGGAAGGAGCAACACUCAAUAUCGGAAACUUAUCAUUCAGUGUACAAUCCGAUAAUUUUUUUCAAUAA